GCUCCAGUGCGCCGCGCCGCGCCGCGCAGUGAAACUUUGUCCCGGUCCGAACGGCGGCUCCUCCAUCUCUCAGUCCCGCUAUGGAUUGUGUCCAUUUACUCCACUUUACCUUGUUCUCCUUCGCCUUUCUGCACAACAGACACGCUGCGCUGUCCCAUGCCUAUCUCUCUGGACAGUUAAGUGAAUAUGGUCUUAUCGUGCCAUUCAGUACAGACUCCCGGGGCCGGUACGUUUCACACGUGGUCUCCUCGGCCCCCGGACACAGACGGGUCGCCCGCAGCGCCCCCGGGAGGCCCCCCGGGACCCUUUCUUUCACCCCGGCCGCUCAGCAACUGUUUUUCAACGUGACCGUUUUUGGGAAGGAGUUGCACUUGCGCCUCCGAGCCAACGGACGGCUCGUCGCACCGGGGGCUUUUGUGGAAUGGCAGGAGGACUAUGAGGAGAAGGCCAAGGAACGCGUUCAUGGUGACUGUGUUUUCACCGGGGAUGUGACUCACAUGCCCGACGCCUCAGUGGCGUUAAGCAACUGUGACGGACUGGCAGGCCUGAUUCGAACCGACAGCGGGGACUUCUUCAUCGAGCCUCUGGAGAAGGGACAGCAGGAUGUGGAAGAACGGGGCCGCGUACACGUGGUGUACCGCGGGUCUGCCGUUAAGAAGGAGACGAGCCAAGCAAAGGAGGACCUCCACAAGGAAGCGGCACAUUUUGGAAUCGGUGAGCUUCCCAAUGCCGUGGACCUGGUGGGCCGCAAGCUGUCCAAGUCGGAGCGCAAACGCAGGCACGCCGGGAAGGAAGACUACAACAUCGAGGUGCUGCUCGCUGUGGAUGACUCCGUGGUACGCUUCCACGGGAAGGAGCAUGUCCAGAACUACAUCCUGACCCUCAUGAACAUAGUUGAUGAAAUCUACCAUGAUGAAUCCUUGGGAACAAAUAUCAACAUUGUCCUUGUCCGCAUGAUUAUGGUCGGGUACCGACAGUCCAUCGGCCUGAUCGAGCGCGGGAACCCGUCUCGGAGCCUGGAGCAGGUGUGUCGCUGGGCCAACACUCAGCAGCGGCGGGACCCCGACCACGCCGAGUACCACGACCACGCCAUCUUCCUCACAAGGCAAGACUUUGGUCCAGCAGGUUACGCCCCGGUAACGGGCAUGUGUCAUCCUCUGAGGAGCUGCACGUUGAACCACGAGGACGGCUUCUCCUCAGCCUUCGUGGUCGCCCACGAGACCGGUCACGUGUUAGGUAUGGAACAUGACGGCCAAGGGAAUCGUUGCGCCGACGAAACCAGUAUGGGCAGCAUCAUGGCGCCGCUGGUGCAGGCUGCCUUCCACCGCUACCACUGGUCCCGCUGCAGCAAGCAGGAACUCAACAGAUACAUCCACUCGUACGACUGCCUGCUGGACGAUCCCUUCGAGCGCAAGUGGCCCAAACUUCCAGAGCUGCCCGGCAUUAACUACUCCAUGGACGAGCAGUGCCGCUUCGACUUUGGAGUCGGGUACAAGAUGUGCACCGCGUUCCGCACCUACGACCCCUGCAAACAGCUUUGGUGCAGUCACCCCGACAACCAGUACUUCUGCAAAACCAAGAAAGGACCCCCUGUGGACGGUACCGAGUGCGCGCCAGGAAAGUGGUGCUUCAAGGGCCACUGCAUCUGGAGGUCGGCCCACCAGCCCUACGGCCACGAUGGCAGCUGGGGGUCCUGGAGCAAGUUUGGCUUUUGCUCCCGGACGUGCGGGGGUGGCGUGAGAUCCCGCAGCAGACAGUGCGACAACCCACCACCUGCCUAUGGCGGAAGGGAUUGUCCUGGAUCUGCAUUUGAUUACCAGAUGUGCAAUUCGGAGGAGUGCCCGGGCCCCUACGAAGACUUCCGCGCUCAGCAGUGCGUCCAGAGGAGCAACAAAUACCAUCAGAAUAUGAAACAUACCUGGCUCCCGUACGAACACCCGGACGAGGCCCACAAAUGCGAGCUGAGCUGCCGGUCCAAGGAAACGGGGGAGGUGGUGUUCAUGAACCAGGUGAUGCACGAUGGGACGCGCUGCAGCUACUCGGACCCGUUCAGCGUCUGCGCUCGUGGAGAGUGUCUGAAUGUGGGCUGCGAUAAGGAGGUGGGGUCCUACAAGCAGGAGGACAAGUGUGGCGUCUGCGGGGGGGACAACUCCCACUGCCGCACCGUCAAGCUUACGCUCACCAAAACGCCCAAGAAAGCAGGCAUGCUGAAAAUUUUUGACAUUCCUGUUGGAGCCAGACACAUUCUCAUAGAGGAAGAUGAAACGUCGCCUCAUGUUAUAGCUGUUAAAAAUCAAGUCACUGGUCAUUUCAUACUCAACGAGAAGAGCGAGGAUGCUGUGUCGAAAACGUUCAUUGAGCAUGGCUUGGAGUGGGAGUACACCAACGCAAAUGGCAAGGAGUCCCUGAAGACAAUAGGGCCGCUUAACGAAGGCAUCGUUGUGUUGGUUGUCCCUCAAGAGGAUGACUCCAAGAUCAGCCUAACCUAUAAGUACAUCAUUCACGAAGACCUGCUUCCAGUCAUCACCAACAACAACGUGCUUCUGGCCGAGCUCGACACCUACGAAUGGGCGCUGAAGAACUGGUCGCAGUGCUCCAAGCCUUGUGGGGGAGGUGUGCAGUACACAAAGUACGGCUGCAGAAGGAGGAGCGACAACCGACUGGUGCAUCGGAAUUUCUGCGACAGCAGCAAGAAGCCGAAACCCAUUCGGAAACGUUGCAACGCGAACAAAUGCAGCCAGCCGAUGUGGGUGGUGGAGAACUGGACCCCCUGCAGCAGAACGUGUGGCAAGCUGGGCUACCAGACCAGGGUGGUGCAGUGCGUGCAGGCUCUCCAAAACGGGACCAAUCGCACCGUCCACGCAAAGUACUGCACAGAAGAGCGGCCGGAAUCGCGGCGCACCUGCAACCAGUCUGCCUGCCAGGCUCACUGGAGGACCGGAGCCUGGUCUCAGUGCUCCGUGACCUGUGGAGAGGGAAUCCAGCAGCGGCAGGUGGUGUGCCGGACGGCGGACAACGGCGACGGUCAAUGUGACUCCGAGAAGCCAGAGACGAUCCUCAUCUGCACACUCUCGCCUUGUCCAGGGGAGGCAACAUUUCCCACUUUGACCACAAGAACGCCGGAGAACGUGACCUUAAGGGAUGAAGGUCCUUCUCAAAAUGAACCAGAAACUCAUGUUACUAAGAUAUCGUCAAAUGAGCCUUGUCUCGGUGACAAGUCCAUAUUCUGCCAGAUGGAGGUCUUAGCGCGAUACUGCUCCAUCCCGGGCUACAGUAAGCUCUGCUGCGACUCCUGCGGUAAGAAGCCGGGCCCUACGACCCAAGCCCCUGCCCUGGACACACCUGGGAUCCCGACCCAGAUCCUCCCCCAGACCGACUCCACUACGCUCCCUGCAUCUACGGUUGUUCCGACCACCCGCAACGCACCACAGAUGACUAAAGCCGCUACCAGGAGGCCUCGCACGACCUUGCAAGGCGUGACUCGUACCCCAGGCUUCAAGACCUCCGGCGUCCCGUUGACCGGUGGCCCCCCUCUCACCCGAGCUUCAACGGACAACCCCCUCACCACGCGGAGGGGAGCCUGGAACGCCACAUCAAAGGACCGAGGUUCGAAUGCCACCUCCUGCUGUAGUACCCUUGACCAAGAUGAGCCUUGUCUCGGUGACAAGUCCAUAUUCUGCCAGAUGGAGGUCUUAGCGCGAUACUGCUCCAUCCCGGGCUACAGUAAGCUCUGCUGCGACUCCUGCGGUAAGAAGCCGGGCCCUACGACCCAAGCCCCUGCCCUGGACACACCUGGGAUCCCGACCCAGAUCCUCCCCCAGACCGACUCCACUACGCUCCCUGCAUCUACGGUUGUUCCGACCACCCGCAACGCACCACAGAUGACUAAAGCCGCUACCAGGAGGCCUCGCACGACCUUGCAAGGCGUGACUAGUACCCCAGGCCUCAAGACCUCCGGCGUCCCGUUGACCGGUGGCCCCCCUCUCACCCGGGCUCCAACGAACAACUCCCUCACCACGCGGAGGGGAGCCUGGAACGCCACACCAACUCUACCUCCAAUGCAGAGUGCUGCUCCACCCCGGCCUACCUCAAAAUACAGCCCAAGCAGCACUUUAGGCCCCUCCACCUCUGCCGAGUCAAGACGGGUUCCUUCCCCGCCAGAGAGGGAGGCGACACGCAGGACUUUGCCCGUGGUCACAUGAGUGACGACGUCAUCUGUGAACAAGCGCCUCGGUAAUAUUGUCGCAUUCAUCGGCUCAUAACCCAACUACCGCCUGGUGAAUCGCUUGGACUAUUAACCGUUUGCUGCAAGUUAAACACGAUUACCAUGCCAGUGGACUUAGACCAGUGAUGGUUACCUCAGACACAGCAGAGUAAAUGGCACGCGAGAAGUACCGCGUGGCAACACCAGCUCUGCAUAAAAUAACAAAUGGGAAAAACAGGAAUUAAGGUGCUGUAAACUUCAAGGACGUACUCGGAUGUAACGACCGCAUGAGCGCAUAACAUUUUCACGUUGAUCCACGUACAGCUGCGUCGACCUCUUUCUAAGUGCAUCGGAACUACUAUUAUACUCACGGUGUGAAUAUAGUGUAUGUGGUAUGUGCACACUACCUUAUGGGGGAGCUGUGAUCAAUAGAGGUGAUCGGUAUCCCUGACAGGGGGCUGUUUCAACCCCUCACCUUGGUGCUUUAAGAUAUCGCCCCCAAAGAACAAGGCCAGAUUAAUAGACGUGUUGCUGAACAGUCGUUUGUGUCACCUUGUCUCCUACUGUAACACGCACAGUGUCUUCGUGGAACUUGCAUAGGCUUUAAAAAAGAUAUGUCUCUGGAUAUGUUUUCAAACUGUAUUUUUAAGGCAGCAUUGUACAUUGUGUACAUUCGACCGCCCUACGAGAAAUAAGGCGACAGCAGAGAACGCUGUUGUUUAAAGUGUGAUGCGAUGGAGAAAUACAGAAGGAUGCUGUCGGUCUAGCGGAUGUGGUUCAUCUCCCUUUAGCCGCUCUCAGCUGCUUGUUGUCCUUUUGUUCCCGUUUUGCCUUUAAUCACUUCCUUAUUUGUUUUGUAUAGUUCUUGUAUAUACAUGGAUGAGAGCUUUAAAUGUUUAUAUUUAUUAAAUCUCAGUGUGGUAGGAAAAAGCUGAAGCAGGUAGAUAAUUUAGCGAAGUAGUGGAACCCUUUUUGGACAACUGCGAGGUCAAGGUGGUGAUGACAGGCAGCAUGUGACCUGUGAAUUAGCGACUGGGGAAGCACACGCGACACCCAAACGCAGACCCUUGGCCUGCUUUAAUUUCUCUUGAAAGCAGAGAUGCUUGCAGCAUCCUUCUGGAAACACGUCAUUCGCAUCGAAGAACAAUACCGCAUUUGUCAGCUCGAAGCAAAAGCUGCGGAGGCAUGUGAGAUAGGAGUUUCUGGACGGCGUCGGACAUUGAAUUACAUUGGACAGCAGUACUGUACAGUUAUAUGAUAGUUAUGUGAUAUUGACGUAUGUUAUGUGAUAUUUCCAUGCGAGCUACACAACCUUGAUACAUUUGUCACGGUUAACCCUUAGCAGAGACUUUAGACGCUUUCCUCAAUAAUCAAACUGUUCUGCGGAACACAGGCAGGAUGCAAAACUCUUGAAAAGGAAGGGCCUUGCAAGGAAAACUCAGGGCUGUUUCCACUGACAGGAUCCUCAUUAGUUGGCCUCCAAACCCCAAAUAUGAUGAAACAGAUGCUCAUUACGGUACAGCUAAACUAGGGUUGCUGUUGACUACAUGUUAAGAGGAUACUGAGACAGAACAGGGUUCCAAAGUUGCCCUUAGAAUGAAGGCCUUUAAUGAAUCAGUUAAUCAGUAAGUCCUUGCUGAGAUUAAAAAUGUUCUUAUAUUAAGGUUGCAGUUAACAUGAAAUGCGGAUCAACUCUUCGCUCUUGGCAUUUGUGGCGUGGAACUCCUUGGUGAGGCUGACAAAUGAGCCCUCAGCAAAGGCUUAAUGACUUGACAUGUUUUACAAGUGCAUGUGCCCUCAAACCGCCACCCGUAGACAAACGGGAAAAGCACGGUGGUCUGGACGCCGUAGACCACGUUGUACCACACCCUGCCUACUGCUUUUAUCCGGUUAACGUGCAAAUCCACUCCUGCUUCGGAGAACCGGAGACCACCGGUCAUCUCCGAAACAGAUUUCUUUGAGAGCAGUGUUUCUGAAAUCCCUUGAUUAGUAAAUUAUGUUGAAUUUAUUAAAGCCCUAUUUAUGCAAAAGUGCAGUAAUGAAACGUGUCUUUAUAUAAUGUUUUAUGUGCAAUUGUUAUGUUCUGUUGCAGAUCACUUGU